AUGCUUCGGCAACAACUAAUUCGCUCGCUGAAGCGACCUGCGGUGAAGGCAGGCCUCAAUGGCUCAAGGACCUUUGCUGCCUCUGCCCGCCGGUCGGCGGAGGUGGAGAUCACUGUCGAUGGAAAGAAGGUAUCAAUCGAAGCCGGAUCCGCCCUUAUCCAAGCAUGCGAGAAAGCCGGCUCUACCGUCCCCCGAUACUGCUACCACGAGAAGCUCAUGAUCGCCGGAAACUGUCGUAUGUGUCUGGUUGAAGUGGAGCGGGCACCUAAACCUGUGGCAUCCUGCGCAUGGCCGGUACAGCCAGGGAUGGUCGUGAAGACCGAUUCGCCGCUCGUCCACAAGGCGCGCGAGGGUGUCAUGGAGUUCCUCCUUGCCAACCACCCGCUGGAUUGCCCUAUUUGCGACCAGGGAGGCGAGUGCGAUCUUCAAGACCAGUCAAUGCGAUAUGGCGCAGACCGCGGACGUUUCCACGAGAUUGGUGGCAAGCGUGCCGUCGAAGACAAGAACAUCGGGCCUCUGAUCAAGACCUCCAUGAACAGGUGUAUUCACUGCACACGCUGCGUCCGAUUUUCCAACGAUGUAGCCGGCGCGCCCGAGAUGGGCUCUACUGGUCGUGGCAACGACCUUCAGAUUGGUACUUACCUCGAGACCGCUCUUGAUACCGAGCUUUCUGGAAACGUCAUCGAUCUCUGCCCCGUGGGUGCUCUGCUAUCGAAGCCAUACGCUUUCAAGGCUCGUCCUUGGGAGCUCUACCACACGGAAACCGUGGAUGUGCUUGACGGCCUAGGCUCGAAUAUUCGCGUCGACGCUCGCGGUACUCAGGUCAUGCGCGUUCUUCCCCGCUUGAAUGACGACGUAAAUGAGGAAUGGAUCAACGAUAAGACUCGUUUCGCAUGCGACGCCCUCAGCACCCAGCGAUUGGUCAACCCCCUCAUCCGCGAAGGCGAUCAGUUCAAGCCUGCAUCUUGGGAACAGGCCCUUGUAGAGAUUGGUGAAGCGUACAAGAGGAUAGCACCCAAGGCCAACGAGUUUAAGGCUGUCACUGGUCACUUGACUGAGACCGAGACUCUCGUUGCCAUGAAGGAUUUGGCUAACAAGCUUGGUUCGGACAACCUCGCCCUCGACCAGCCUGGUGGCAGCGAGCCAAUUGCACACGGUGUCGACGUGCGGUCGAACUACUCGUUCAACUCUAAGAUCUAUGGUGUUGAAGAGGCUGAUGCUAUCCUUCUCAUUGGCACUAACCCCCGACACGAGGCCGCCGUUCUCAAUGCCCGUAUCAGGAAGCAGUGGCUGAGGUCUGAUCUGGAGAUUGGUCUCAUUGGCGAGGACUUUGAGAGCACCUUCGAGUACCAGAAGCUCGGCUCAUCUGCGACUGACCUGAAGACCGUUUUCUCUGGAGAAUUCGGCAAGAAGCUCCAGUCCGCUAAGAAGCCAAUGAUCAUCGUUGGCAGUGCGGUCACCGAGAACGCUGAUGCUAAGUCGUUCUACGAGCAGGUUGGCGCCUUUGUCGAGAAGAACAAGGCCAACUUCCAGACCGCCGAGUGGAACGGAUACAACAUUCUCCAGCGAACUGCAUCCCGUACAGGUGCCUACGACGUUGGCUUCACCGUUCCAUCACCUGAAGUCGCCAACACCACUCCCAAGUUCGUCUGGUUGUUGGGUGCGGACGAGGUUCACGAGGCAGAAAUUCCCAAGGAUGCUUUCGUUGUCUACCAGGGGCACCACGGUGAUCGGGCGGCACAGCUCGCCGAUGUUGUGCUCCCAGGUGCCGCAUACACCGAGAAGUCUGUCACAUACGUCAACACUGAAGGCCGAGUGCAGAUGAGCCGUGCUGCUGUCGGCCUGCCUGGUGCAUCAAGGGAAGACUGGAAGAUAAUCCGAGCUGCUUCAGAAUAUCUCGGUGCUGAGCUACCUUACGAUGAUGUUGAGCAGUUGAGGGACCGCAUGGAGGAGAUCUCUCCUGCUUUGCGGAAGUACGACGUCGUCGAGCCAGUAUCACUACCUGGCUUGAGCAAGGUCCAGCUUGUGGACCAGAACAAGGGAGCCAAGGCGUCGGGCGAGCCGCUCAAGAAGCCGAUUGAGAAUUUUUACUUCACAGAUUCCAUUUCAAGAAAUUCACCAACAAUGGCGCGUUGCUCAGCAGCAAAGGCGCAGAAGAACCCCAAGACAAACUUCAUGGCUGCUGGAUACCCCGACCCUCAAGUCGGGUACGGACCGCAGACGCCGCAAGAGGGUGCGUUGGCGGCGUAA